GCGGCCCGGGAGCUGCUGCUGCUGUUGCGGCGGCUGCACCCGCGGCGCCAAGGCCGAGGCGGAGGCCGAGGUGCGAGCUCGGCUGACGUGCGGGAUCCGCGUGGCUCGGCUGCAACGUCUCGUGCGGCUGCCUGAGCGUCUCGGCUGGUCUGUGCGCGGCCUCGACGAGGAUGCGGCUUUUCCGGUGGCUGCUGAAGCAGCCGGUGCCUAAGCAGAUCGAACGCUACUCGCGUUUCUCGCCAUCGCCACUCUCCAUCAAGCAGUUCCUAGACUUCGGGAGAGAUAAUGCUUGUGAGAAAACUUCAUAUAUGUUUCUACGGAAGGAGCUUCCCGUAAGACUGGCCAACACGAUGAGAGAAGUUAAUCUUCUGCCGGAUAACUUGCUUAACCGCCCUUCGGUGGGGUUGGUUCAGAGUUGGUAUAUGCAGAGCUUUCUGGAACUUUUGGAAUAUGAGAAUAAGAGCCCUGAAGAUCCACAGGUCUUGGAUAACUUUCUGCAAGUUCUGAUCAAAGUGCGAAACAGACACAAUGACGUGGUUCCUACAAUGGCACAAGGAGUGAUUGAAUACAAGGAGAAAUUUGGGUUUGAUCCAUUCAUUAGCAGUAACAUCCAAUAUUUUCUGGAUCGGUUCUAUACCAACCGCAUCUCUUUCCGCAUGCUUAUCAACCAGCACACACUUCUGUUUGGUGGUGACACUAACCCGGCUCAUCCUAAACACAUCGGAAGUAUUGACCCCACCUGCAAUGUGGCUGAUGUCGUGAAAGAUGCCUAUGAAACCGCCAAGAUGCUGUGUGAGCAGUAUUACCUGGUCGCUCCAGAGCUGGAAGUGGAAGAAUUCAAUGCCAAAGCUCCAGACAAACCUAUUCAGGUAGUUUAUGUGCCCUCACACCUGUUUCACAUGCUAUUUGAGUUGUUCAAGAACUCAAUGAGAGCGACAGUUGAACUAUAUGAAGACAGAAAAGAAGCCUACCCCUCUGUUAAAACCCUCGUUACUCUGGGUAAAGAAGACUUGUCCAUUAAGAUAAGUGACCUAGGUGGUGGUGUCCCACUUCGAAAAAUAGACCGCCUUUUUAACUACAUGUAUUCAACUGCUCCUAGACCCAGCCUGGAGCCUACGAGAGCUGCCCCUCUGGCUGGAUUUGGUUAUGGCUUGCCAAUUUCUCGUCUGUAUGCUAGAUAUUUCCAAGGAGAUCUAAAACUCUAUUCAAUGGAAGGAGUUGGCACUGACGCUGUCAUUUAUUUAAAGGCACUUUCCAGUGAAUCAUUUGAGAGACUUCCUGUUUUCAAUAAGUCCGCGUGGCGUCAUUACAAGACCACUCCCGAAGCUGAUGACUGGAGCAAUCCCAGCAGAGAACCGAGGGACGCCUCAAAAUACAAGGCGAAACAGGACAAGAUCAAGACUAAUAGAACUUUCUAGAGAACUGAAUGCUCAUAUCCUCUCUGAGAAGAAAGAUUACCUUCUGCAAGUCAACCAGAGAGAACUCCUUUCCUCCACCAACUCUGAGCAAGGCACUAUAGUUACUCCAGUGCUUGAAUGUGUAAUUUCUCUAUAUGAUCUGGACCUUUUCCACAAAAACCUUCCUGUAGCUGCUCCAGAUCCGCACUAAAGUAGUAACCUGAACAAUUUUUCCUAGUGCAUUGUUGUGGUUUGGUUGGCGCCUGUCGUAAGAGAGCUCAGGGCCUCGUUAGCGCUCUGGUGCCCUCAUACCUUCCUCCUCCUUGUCAUAGAGUCGAAUGUCUACACUCUCCCCAGGAUUCUAAGCUUCUUCCUCAUUCCAGAUACAGCCAGUUUCUGCUGUUGCUCUUUGUGACCAAACACCAUGGUUUUCCAAAACACCAACUAAGGCCUGGGUGAUCUGGAAGCUGAAGACGCCAGCGGAGUGUGUCUUGGUAAUUCCGUCCUGGGGCCCUUCCUCUCCCAUAUGCGUCCUUUCUCACUCUGUGAUUUCAGCUUUUGCCUUCUUCCAUCCGAUCUGAGUGAGGUGCGGCUCCUUUCACCAUAGCUCUUACUCUCUGAUACAUUGAUUUUAUUUUAAAAUUCAUUUGUGUACUUCCAUUCUGUCAAUUAAAGCGUUCCAAAAGUU